UCACGAGAAAGUCUCUGCUAAAAGGCCAUGUUCCGUUAUCUCACCAAUGGCUGGUCCAUCUAAAAAGGCCAAGAGUGACAUCGCCCUGACACCCAAGAGGAAAAGAACAUUCAUUGAGACUUGGAAAACCCAGUUUCCAUGGGUAAGAUGUGUGGACGACAUCAUGUUCUGUGAGGUCUGCAGAGAAUAUCCAUCCAUUGCUGACCACAGCAGUAAACUGUACGAGGGUGUCACAGGGUCAAAACGCAUUGAGACACUUCAGUCACACGAAUCCAGCAAAUAUCACCUUCUCUGCAUUCAAAGGAAAGAGGUCACAGAGAAAGGCACAGGGCCAAUGUUUGUGGCUCUCAAGAAGCAGGCAGAAAAUAUGGACGACCAACUGAAACCCAUGUUCAACACUGCGUUUUAUGUCGCCAAACAAAAGUUGCCUUUCCGUUCAUUUGAGGGCCUCAUCGAACUUCAAGAGAAGAAUGGCAUUAAAAUGCCUACACAGUACCGGAACGAUAAGGGGUGCAAGGCAUUUGUGCAGGCCAUUGCCGAAGUCGAGAAGGACAGAGUUUCUGAAGACCUCAAGGCUUCAAGAUUCUUCGCUCUGAUGGGAGAUGGAUCCACGGAUAUAUCUGUGACAGAACAGGAGAAUGUAUAUGUUAGGUAUGUCAAAGAUGGACUUCCAGCGACAGAGUUCAUUGACAUCAUGGCUGUAAAGUCAGCUGAUGCUAAUGGUGUUCUGGCAGCUCUCCUCGAGGCACUACAUCAUGUCGACCUAACAGAUGGAGACAUAAAGAAGAAAAAUAAUAGGCUGCACAUUUGA